UGCCUAGCUUGACCAGUUACUUUGGUGGUGGUUGAAAUACCCACAUAAAAACAGAAAACAUAAUCUUAUAACUUAAGUACCUGGUAACCGACCUAUUGUGGUGUUCGAUUUUUUUGUUCGCGUUUUAUUAAUUUGAUCUUGCUUGUAGAGACUUAAGCCUAGGCCAACGACAGCUAGCUAGCUAGCAUUUCCUUACCACAAUGGAAUUUGGCUCUAAACUUGAAGACAUGAAUCUGACAUCAGACGAAAUGAGCCGUCUGGGCAAAGCUUUGAAGGAUGAAACUUUUCGAAAACUGUUACAUGACUACGCAGAGGAAAUUUCAAAUCCAGAAAACAAGAAAAGAUACGAGGAGGAAAUAAAACAGUUGGAGCAGGAGCGGGGCAUGGACGUUCAGUUCAUCCAUCCGAAGCCUUUUCGUGUCCUUAAAACCAGCGACGGUAAGCAGAAGUGCUUCAUCAACAUCUGUUCAAAUGAGUUAAUCAGAACCGCAGAGUGUAAACCCGGCGGCGGUGAGGAUGGAAGAAGAGGUCUGCACUGGUCACUUCCAUACAGUCUAGCACCAGGAAGACCCGAUGUGGAUUCGAAUGGAAACAAGCACAUGCUAUAUGAUGUCGUUUUUCAUCCCGACACACUCCACAUGACAAGUAGAAAUGCGAGAUUCAUGGAACUUGUCGACAAUACGGCGAUGGAUGGGAUACAAGAGUCUUUCAAGGUCAAGCUGGACAGAAAGAACACGAAAAUUCUGAAGACAAAAUACAAAGGUGUGCCACAUGCAGCUGUGAUACGGAGGGCAACAUCUGGACUACCAAGAAAACAAAAUGAUACGGAUAAAAACGAUCCCCUCGCAUUCCCUUACCCGUAUGACAAAGCCGAGACUUCAUCAACAUUAAGCAAUGUUAAAAGGAACUCGUCUGGUGAUCAGUCAACACAAACUAAACCUACUAAAGCCGUAGAAACUUGCAGUUCAGAGAAGCAACCCACAGAACCGCAUUACACUGUAAAAUACAGGUCAGUCGUUGAUUUACAAGACUACAGGUGCUCUAGAGACUCUGCACCCAGUCCACGUCCCAGAGAAAUAGUUAUUGCCAUUGAUCUGCCAUUGCUCAAAUCUGCGGCAGAUGCUGAUUUGGAUGUAACAGAAAAACAGAUUGUUUUGAAAUCCAGUAAACCUGCAUAUAUGCUAGAACUAGACUUGGCCUACCCUGUGGAUGAAAACAAAGGACAGGCCAAGUUCAAUAAGCAAAAGAAACAGCUGGUUGUCACCUUGCCUGUUCUGCCACUUAAAGAGCCUCUGCUGACAGCAGAGAGUCCUGAACUUGUUGGUGACACCGAGGAACAGCUAAAUGGGCCAAGCGCUGAAGAAGAGCGAGAGAAAACUAGUACAACUGAAAAUAGCCUACAGACACACGAGCACACAUGUGUUGAAGCUGAUGCUGAACAGCCUGGCUUAGAUGUUCAGUGUGUAGACAAUGUAAAUGUUCCAGACUGCAGCAGGCUGCCAGAGCUAAGGCUGCAUGUGCAAGAAUGGCGUUCAUCUUCCGCAGAUGUCCAAGAGGAUACCCCACUGUCACCUGACCUUACUAGUGCUGAAUAUUUCACAGAUAAUACUGAAGAGGAGUCAGUACACGAAACAAGAACCACAAAGGAGGAGGUGGAAACAUUCAUAGCUGCUACAGCGACCUCAUUAGUAGAGGACACACUGGAAAAGAUCCCUGACAAUGAAGAAGAAACACAGAGUACAAACGAGUCCACCAUGGAAGAUGAGGAACAAGAGGACUCAUGUUCACAGGUGGACAUGCUAACCUAUGUACAGGCCAAAAAGACAGUACGAUUCAGCGAAAUGGUUUCUGUAGCAGAAGAAGAGGAUGAGGAUGACUUGCCUGAAGAGCAGAGCUGCAACAGCACUAGACCAAAGCAGCCAUCAGCAGUUCUGCGAGAGAUAAACCCAGAAGACGGGACUGAGGUGAUCAUCAGCGAUCACACAACAUCCUCUGCUUUUGUGUUUCAGAACUCCCUUCUGUAUGAGCUGGACUGA